UCUGGAAGUAAAACUCACUAUGUCUAAUCUUAUGCACUGGAUUGUACGAACAUGUGGGAUCUUCAUUUCGAUGGCGCUCUUACUAAUAAAUUCAGAAAAGAUUGUUUCACAUGUUGGCUUAAAUAUUUCAGCAAUUAACUCGAAAAUUUUAAUUUGUAUUUUAUAUUUAGGCUUUUUUGCAAGUUGUGCAGCUUCGAUAGUGCUUUACAGGGUAUUUACGUUUAAUAAUUGUGAAGCUGCUUCUCUCGAGCUCAAAAAGCAAACGGAAGAUGCAAAGUCGGAUUUACUUCGGAAAGGAAUAAAGUUGAAAGAAAAUUAGUUUUUUAAUCUAAGGAGACACAAGACUUCCAAUUUUUAUAAUUGAAACUCAAAAAUAUAAUGUUAUAUUUAUAAAAUAA